AAUACAUGUGUUUUGUGUUGAAAACAAACAACACUUUUGUUCGACCGAAGUGUACGAUAGACUGACUCUAACUCUAACUGUAAUCGCAAUUCAAUUAGUUUUCAUUCAUUUGCUAACAUUGAGUGAAGACAUGCUUUCAGUGUUGAGUCGAUUGAGAGUCCCGUCUUUGGCGGGUGUCGUACACCGAUCGCAUCCAUUCACACCUAAUUUUUGUCUCAAGAAAGCAGUGGAUGUGACCAGAAGUGUGAGCCAAUCAACUGUAGGACACAUACAAGAAGUGUCGCCAAAACACACGAAAGCCGUCGGCGUAUGGCUCAUGACAUGCGGAGGCCUGACAUUCGUGACGGUAGUGGUGGGAGGGGUGACCCGGCUCACCAACUCUGGCCUCUCUAUCGUCGAUUGGCAUCCAUUCAAAGAGUUUCCUCCGCUGUCUGUGAGUCAGUGGACACAAGAGUUUAAUAAAUACAAAAUGUUUCCCGAAUUCAAAAUUCGCAAUAAAGACAUGACAAUCGAUGAGUUCAAGUGGAUCUGGUAUAUGGAGUACAUCCACCGAAGUCUUGGUCGA